UUCAGGUCCGUCUGGCGAGAGCUCAAAGCUCAAGACUGGACGCAGAAGGCGCCGCCACGACGAAGUCUGGACGAUCGCUACUUCUACAUCAGACCCGGCGGCAGUACAAGCGGGGCGUCGGGCGUCGACUACUUUAUGGGCGAGGAGGGAGUGCUGGAGUAUUAUGCG